GGAAAUGCCGCUCGGGAGGCUGCCGUGGGCUGCGCUGGAUUACAGAACCGGAUCUGAUCUCGAUCUCGAUUGGCAGCACCAGCCUGGCAGACAAAAAGAGUCUGCGAGCGAACACAAGGGGAACAAGUCUUUUAUUAGACCAGGCGGGGGGAAAGCUAGACCAGGUUUCUACUACAGAGCGUUUUAUUCCUAUUUUUUUGUUCUCAUUUUUUGUGUGGAGCUAUUUGUGCAGUAAUGCGUGUCAUCAGAUGGGGCAUCCGGUUCAAUUCACUGAUGCUGGAUUUGCUGUGGGAAAGAUGCAUUUGCUUUUUGGAUCACGAGAGCGCAUGUUUGGAAUAUUUGGAUAGAUUUUUAUUUUUUUGUUUUAAUGUGGCUUGCUGCAUUCCUAAAUGCGUGCAUGCAGGAGUGGACCUCAAUCCCAAAUCAUACAUUUGACUUGGUAUUUGUGUUCAAAGUAAUAAUAAUAAAUAAUAAUAGUGAUAAUAAUAAUUUAAAAAAACAAACAUGUUUGACUAACUUUGCAGGAUUGCUACGCUCCACUACCUGCGCAAAGCAGUAAUGAGCCACGUGACAUGACAACCUGUGUCCAAGGAGACCAUGUGAAGUUAGACUGUCACCCAUUGGUUGCGGUGUGUGUGGUGAGGCAUUCGAGGUACAAUCCCUCUGCGUGUUACAACCACCACCGGCAGCAUAUGAAGGAGGGCCAGUUUGCUGUGUUUGCGCAAGAAGAACAGGAGAGGAGGGAAGAUGCGACGUCACAUGUUGAACUCGCCCAUGGCGGAUCGUGAUCCCUCAACAGACUUUUGCUUUAACUUGAAAAACUCCUCCAGUAGCGGAAAGUACAUCUUCUCCGUGAUUACGCUGUCUAAUCGAUGAUUUUAUGGCAGUGUUGUAGGAUUUGAUGGAUUGCCGCUGGGGACCGUUACCGGACUUGGAAUCUAGCUUGCUUUAGUGACUCAAUGCAGGUUUACCUUCCCUGUAAAAGACUUCUUCGGCUGGAUAUUACAUGAUUACCUCGGAUCCAAUAUAUUGGUAAUAGUCACUGGGAUAUCCUCCUCUGGGAUUCAAGUGGAUUUGGAGCAUUUGCAGUAAUUGACCCUUGAAGACUUUGCUUUUCAUUAAGAGGGGGGUUUAUCAGGAUCUUUCCUAUGAAGGACAUGGAUGGCCCUCAAUCUCGUGGCGUGCGCAAGAAGAAGAAGUCGAGGUCAGAGAGGAAUCGGGAAAGGAGAUCAAAUGGGAUAAGCAACACUUAUGUUAAGAGCUCUGUCUUUCAUUUGUCAUCUGACUCGGAGCGAGAAGGAAAGAGGGAGCCCUCCUCAUCCCGCCCGAGACCACCACGGAGAAAACGAAAGGAGUCUACUUCUGCUGAGGAGGACAUCAUUGAUGGCUUCUCUAUCACGGGGUUUGUGACCUUGGAGGCGCUGGAGAAAAACCUGACUCUGAGGCCCCAGGAGCGCAGAGUGAACCAGGUUGUGCCCUUAUGCAAGAAAAAGUCAGCCAGGGUCCCCAAUGGCCUGAGCCUGGAGCCCUUUAAGAACAACUAUCGCCAUCAUCAGCCAUCGGACCAGGAGAACAAUCCUCGUCUGGCACACCCACGAAGCCAGAAGAAGAAACACCUGAGCAAGAAACGCACAAUGCAGUUGAAGCCAGGACAGAACAAGCGCAAAGACAGCGACAGUGAGAGCGUGAGUGGAGAGUCCAAGCCUUGCAUGAGGAGCAGCUCCAGAGACCGACUGGCAGAUUGUGACACAGAGACGGACCAGGACGACAAGGUUUCUGAUGCCAGCUCAGAGACAUUUUUCAGCACAGCUGCACUUAAAGUUCCAGAUUUUGGCAUCAAUGCGCUCUCCACCAAUGGCAGCCAGGUGCCUCACGGCCCAGGCCUCCUCAAGGUGUCAGGCCUAGAGCGCAGUCAAGAGAGAAGCCAGGAGAGCUGCAGGGACCCCCAACCUCCUUCAGCAAGCACCCCUAGUCGUCCUCUGCCCCCCCAGUCCCCGCCCCUGUCCCCGCCUCAGCCACAGCCCCGACCUUUCCUCCCGAAGUCCCCAUCCUCACGGAAGUCCCAGGCGGUCGGCUCUGCUCAGGCUCCGGCCUCCGAUCGUCCACUCCCACUUUCAGAGGCUCCGCCCAGGCCUCAGACUCCCGCAGCCGUGCCUCUCGCCCAGGGCCGAAAGCACCCGCCGACCCCCCCUCCCCGGCCCCAGCCCCGCCCAGAACUGCUGUGCCAACCCCGGUCUCUAAAUCCACCCGGGAUUCAUCCGCACCCACCGUCGCCCGCACCUCUGACCACCCACGCUCAACAGCAGCACCCCAGCCAGGCAGGCCCUCACCGCCCCCCCUCACGCUGCCACCCCCGGACCCUUUCCGCCUACAACGUCCUCAACGUCAACGGCCACAGCAGCAGCAGCAGGAGUAGCACCCCUGGGAGCAAGCCCCAAGGGCCUCCUGCUCCUUCCCCGCACCUCCCCCACCACCCACCUCCUCCCGUGCCAGGCGCCACCGCAUCAACGUUCCCCUUGCCUCUGGCGGCUACCCACAGCACCCCCCACAGCUUCCCCCCUGCAUUGCAGUCCUCACCGCACCCUCAUCACCCCAAUAUGUUCGCUCCUCCAGCGGCUUUGCCUCCACCGCCACCGCUGACGUCUAGCGCCCUGCCCGUACCGGGACAUCCUGCUGCUGGGAGUGCCUACUCGGAGCAAGACCUUCUGCGUCAGGAGCUCAACACCCGUUUCUUGGCCUCCCAGAGCGCCGACCGCGGCGCCUCGCUGGGCCCCCCGCCCUACCUGCGCACCGAGUUCCACCAGCACCAGCAUCAGCACCAGCACCAGCACCAACACACCCACCAGCACACGCACCAGCACACCUUCACGCCAUUCCCCCACGCCAUUAUGCCCACCCCAGCACCGUCCAUGGUGCGUACCCCUGCCAGAAAUUUUGACAAAUACCCAACUAAAGUUGACCCCUUCUACAGACACAGUCUCUUUCACUCGUACCCACCGGCGAUGUCGGGCCUCCCCCCUGUCAUCCCCCCAACUGGGCCCUUCAGCUCGCUCCAGGGUGCAUUUCAGCCCAAGACCUCUAAUCCUCUCGAUGUGUCCACAAGACCUGGCGCUGUCCCUCAUACAUUCUUACAGAAGGAUCCAAGGCUAGCGGAUCCGUUUCGGCCCAUUCUCAGGAAGCCGGGAAAGUGGUGUGCCAUGCACGUCCAUACUGCCUGGCAGAUAUACCACCAUCAACAAAAAGUCAAGCAGCAGAUGCAGGUCGACCCUCACAAGUUAGAUUUUGGCCUUAAGCCCGAGUUCCUGAGUCGACCUCCGGGCCCGAGCCUCUUCGGUGCCAUCCACCACCCCGGGGACCUGGCGCGGCCUGCCACACUCUUCUCUGCUGCAGGUCCAACACACCCAUCAGCAAGUCCCUUCGGCCAUCCAGCCCACCACCCCGGAAAUUUCCUCACCCCAGCACCUCACUUAGAACCUUUCAGUAGACCGCCCUCCUUCGGCGGCCUGGGAGCGCUCAGUUCGUCAGCGUUCGGUGGACUGGGAAAUCCAGCACUAAAAUCCCUGGCAGCGGCCAACUCGAUGUUCGGCCACAAAGAUGGCCCCAACUCGCAGCAGCACUUCGGCGGCAGUGCCAACAGCAACCACCAAGAGCCCUGGAACCGCCUGCACCGCACCCCGCCCUCCUUCCCCACACCCCCGCCUUGGCUGAAACCUGGAGACUCCGAGAGGAGCGCCUCGGUCAGCUCACACGAGAGAGACAGGGAUUCCGACAAACGGGACUCGAUUAGCAGUAAAGAUGACAAAGACAGGGACUCUGUGGAGAAACGUCACCCGAGCCACGCCUCCCCGGUCCCAGUGAACCCCGUUGGUCUUCUUGGUCACAGUCGUCCUCCAGAGCACCACAGGAACCACCUGCCUCCUUCCUCUGGAGACCCUCAGAGAGACAAGGAGAACAAGGCCAAAGACAGAGAAAGGGAACACCAAGAAUCUUGGAAAGAUAGCAGCACAGACGACCACAAGCUCAAAGACAACCAGCACAACGAUAAGGACACGCCCGCUAUCCAUGAGGGGAGAGCAUCAGAGGACAAAGCGUCCAACAGGGGCGCAGCCUCGCCCUACAUCAGACAGACCAGCCUCGAACGUCCCAAUGGUGGCCUGAGCAGGGAGCUUGUGGAGAAGAAGGGAGAGCUGCCAUUUGAGCACAAGAAGAACAGUGAGGUGAAAGUGAAAGAAGAACGAAAGGAAGACCCAGAUGGAGUGGCCGAGAAAACGAGCGAGCACCCGUUGGCGUCCUCCACGCCAAACCUCCACCCUCCCUCCUCAAUGCCUAUGCCCAUGGGCAUGACAGGAGUUCAUCCAAUCAACAACAUCGGCGGUCUUGAGAGAACUCGAGUGGUGGCACCCUUCAUGGGUAUCAGCCCAAUCCCUGGCGCUGAACGCUUCCCCUACCCUGCCUUCCAUUGGGACCCUAUGAGGGACCCUUACAGGGGAUUGGACAUUCACAGACGGGACCCUCUGGCUCGGGAGCUGUUGCUCAGGAACGAUCCUCUUCACCGGCUGGCGGCACCGCGCCUUUACGAGACUGAGCGUUCGUACAGGGAGCGUGAGCCUCACGACUUCCAUCGUGACCACGUGCAUCCUCUCGUCUUGGAGCAGAGGAGGGAGCACGAGCGCGCUCACUUGGAGGAACGCGAGCGCCUCCUCAGAGAGGACUAUGAGCACGGGCGCAUUCACCCCGCCAUGCACCACCCGGCCCUCGACGGACAUCUACCCCACCACGCCCAGGGCCUCAUGGCCCCGGGACUGCCGGGCAUGCACUACUCCAGGGUCAGCCCCUCGGCAGCCGCCGCCCAUCAGAACAGCAUUCUGAAUAAAACUCCGCCCACCGCCUCUCUUAGCGCCCCGCCCCCGCUCAUCCCCACGCUCGGCGCGAGGCCAGGCUCGCCCAGACGGACUGCUCCCCUGGCCACCGAUAUCAGAGACAGACCUCCUCACAAGGACAUUGAGGCACGGUGAGCGCAGCUGAGAGCUCACAGUAAACUCCCACCCAGCACUUAGCUUUGGGCAAGGCAAGACUGUAACAUAGCUGUGAAUAACUUUUGUGGGCGGACACGUGCCCACGCAACGGAUCGAUUUUGUCAGUCAUCGCGGAAACAAACGUCGGAAUUUUCAGACCUUUUAUCCCAGUGUUGCUCCAGCUUGUGCGUGUGUGUCCAGUUCUUUUAUUGUAUGUUCAAAGGGAGUGAGAGUUUGGAAUGUACAGGUACUUCAGCACUGACAGACAGCAAAGUGUGUAGAUAAAUAUGUACAGUCACUGCGCUCGCUUUGUAUGGAUCAUGGUACAAAUAUGCAAAGGGGGAUUUGAAAGCUUUACUUUGGACAAAUGUACAUAAAAAAAAUUAAAAAAAAGUAUUUAGGCAGUGAAUCAGAAUGUGCUUUUUGCUCCAUUAUUUUUUUUUUUUAAUUAUUAUUUAUUUUUUUUCUCUUUCUAAUUGGCGCCGCUGAUAAGCGUUGUACCAGAGACCCGUGUUCUACUAUGCAACAAGUCUGGCCUCCCUCCGUCACCACUACUCUUCAACAAUAGAGAACAAAAACGCUGUAUUCUCUCCACAACUUCACAAACGUCAAGCUCAACGUAGACAGACAACACGCUUUAAAUUAGCCGCAACUGAUGUUUGUUUUGAGAAUCACUUGGGGCAAAGCCGAGAGACAAUAUUUGCAGUCGACGAACUUUCUGUAUGGAAGAAGCGGCAGUGCAAAUGUGAAGACCACCUUUAAUCCGCUCGACUGCCUUCGCUUUCGUUGUGGGGAGAAUGCAUCAUUGUAAACACAAAGGCGGCAAAAUUUGCUCCAUAGAAGGCGUGUAAAGUACAUGUUUUGGAAGUAGAUUCCGUUGUAUUCAAAGUGCUUUCAUGACUUGUGGUACCUACAAAAUCAAAAGACAAAAAAGCCAACUAUGGACAUUUUAUUUGUAACAAGCAGAGAUCUAUUUUAGUAGUCCACCGAAGGUUUAGUUGUGCGCUUCAAAUUCGGUGAACAUUUCGUGCAGUGUUAUUUUACUUCGACAUAAGUUAGUAGCUACGUAUUGCAAAAGAUUGUUAAAUGAGAUUAUUAUUAUUUUUUUGUUUUUUUUGCUGUUAACAUGUACAGGUGGGGAAAAAAAGUCUUUGUAGAUCAUGUACAAAAUUGUCAAAAACAUUAAGCGACUGAAUCUUCAGCAUGCUCCUCAUUUAAACGUGUUAUGUAAAUUGUGCCAUGUUAUUAAAAAAUGUGUACUGAAUGUG